GAUAAUGGAGUCUCUCAGCUCUGCUAGGGCUUAUAAGCGUGAAUCAGCAAUGGAGGAUGAAAGUGAAGAUGACAUUGAGUUUAUCUGUUUUCAAAGAAAGUCAAACCAUUGAACUGGUGGAAGUCACCGGCUGAGCUCCUGGAACCAGAGUUUAUUGAAGUACAAAACGAGCCUUUAACAGCAUGUGCAGAGAGAUAUUUUCUUCAUUUCAGUUUGUUCAGCUAGUUCAGUUCAAUGACUAGUUCAUUCAAAGUUAAGAAACCAAUUGAGAAUUGAAGAAGUAGGAACACUUGUUUUCCUCUUCCAAAUGUGACAAAGUUCCUCAUCUGCCUUGGUGGGUCCUGCGCUUAUUGGCGGAUUUGUUCGCCUCACAGAUUCACCCCGUGGGUCGGGAAACAGCCCAGAGACCUUCCCUUCUGGUAGAAGCCACAGUCCAGUUUGACAACAAAAUCUCAGCCAGACUCUAAAUCUUGGAAACAAGGAGUGAUAGUCUUGCAGACACUCUUGUGGAGGUAAGGAGUCAGGCGGAAGACUUGGAAGAUAAUCAAGAAAAACAGUGAGACCUGCUGAUGUGUUCAUAAAGAAAAUGGCUGCCUUCCCAUGAGAUCUUGAGCAUUUGGAGCAUUAUUCAUAUUCUUAGAAUAUAAUUACAGAUAUUUUAGAUUUUCUCCAGGGAACAGAUGCAGACAAUUUUUUUAUUAGUAAAUGGCUUCCCAAGAUCUAAAGAUGGACAUACAACACAUGGUUCUACCACCUAUGAAAAAUCUAGCUGCUUGCUGAAGUAUCUUUCAUUUUCAAGGCUGCCUUUCCUAUCCAUUUGAAUCACUAUGUACUGAAUAGACAAACUCUCCAGUAUUUUUCUUUCUGGAUUUGAGUUGCACCACAUGGAUGCCAAGGAAAGCUUUGGUCCUGGGAGGAGCAAACUCUGGACUAAGACUGCCAUUUUUAUUCCUGACCAAACUCUGACAAGUACUUGGAUUUUGUAUUUACUACCCUGGAGAAAGCAGAAACACUACUAGAUGCAUCUGUCCACAAUCCUAGCCAGUUCCUUUGAAGAAGUAGACUUGAACUAAAUGGGAAAUCUUCUUUUGCUAUAAAAUGGAAGGGCCUUCAAGACCUGUGCUUGAUUGCAUUGAUCUUGUCAGUAGUGAUGAUGAAGAACCUAGCAGCAGCUCUAAUGUCUAUAGAAAUGUAAAGCAUAAAGACCACAUUGACUAUCAGAAGGAAAGGGUUGCUUCAACCCUAGAUCGCCUAGCACGCCAUGUGGAGGUAGAGAAACAACAAAAAGAAGAGAAAAACAAAGCUUUCAAGGAAAAAGUGGACUCCCAGCAUGCUCAUGGAUUGCAGGAGCUGGAAUUUAUCCGGGGACAUAGUGACACAGAAGCAGCAAGACUGUGUGUAGACCAGUGGCUAAAAAUGCCAGGUCUCAAACCAGGCACCAUUAACAUGGGAAGAAAAGCUGUGCCCCACAGAACCGGCCAAACACCAAUCAACAGCAAUCCCAUUUUAUGUCCUGUAAUGCACUGCAACAGAAAGUUUGAUAAUGGUCAUCUUCUGUUAGGUCACCUGAAAAGGUUUGAUCAUUCUCCAUGUGACCCAGCAAUUACACUGCAUGGACCUCCAACUAAUGCUGUUGCCUGUGUGGUAUGCUGCAAAAGAUUUGUCACCUCACAGCAGUAUAGUGAUCACCUUUUAUCUAAGAUAAAUGAAAAAGAUGAUGGGCAUAAAAGAAAUCUUCUUCCACAGCUUAUUCAGUGCUUUGCAUGUCCAUACUGCUUCCUCCUUUUCAGCAUAAGAGAUGAAUGCCUGCAGCAUAUGUCUGGAAAGAAUCACUUCCUUCAGGUUUUUAAAUUGAGUGAUGAAAGUGGAACACCGCUUCCUUUAUCUUUCCCAUCAUAUGCAAAGAAACUUCUUAUAGCUUUAUGUAAAGAGGUCCCAUUCCAAGUGAAGUGCACGUCCUGCCACCAGAAGUUACGUUCGCAUAUGGAGCUAACAGCUCACUUCAGAACUCGUUGUCGUAAUGCUGGUCCUGUAUCACUGUCGGAAAAGAGCAUCUCCCAGGUUGCAGAAAUAUUUAAAGCAAAAGGUCACUGUCAAAACUGUGACAAACUCUUUGUAGAUGAAAGCCAGAUCAACCAGCAUAGCCACGCAACUCAACACAAAGUUAAAAUUAUUACUACAAUGGAAGCGUCCAUCUUGAUGUUUUGCCAUAUUAAUGAAAGAAAUAAAAACCCAUCUCAGUUGAGGCAGAUUAUAAAUCAGUCAAGAUCUUCACUCCUUAAGAGACCAUUGACUUUGAGUGAGCCUGUCUGUAAAAAUGAGUCUGCCAUUUCAAAACGGAAAAAAGAUUUAGAAGAAACAAAUCAAGAGUCUGGAGUAAGCCUACAUCAAGACAAUACAGGCAAAAUAAAAGCCUGGUUCUGUGAAUGCCUUCUGAAGUUUUCUACUGAAGAGUCAGUUGAAAAGCACAUUUUGUCAGCAAAUAGAAUCUGUCACAAGUGUGGUGUAUGUGGGAAGCUUGCUGAAAACUCAAGCAUCAUCCGUCUGCAUAUGAGUCGGUUCCACGGAGGAGCACACUUAACUAACUUCCUUUUCUGGUGCCGGGCAUGCAGUACAGACCUACUCAGAGAAGAGAACAUUAUGGCACAUGUGACCGAAUUUCAUGGUGGACAUUCUUACUAUUAUGAACAGGAAACUCUAGAGAAUGAGCCUAUGGCAUCCUCUUCUGACACACUGCGCAAUAUGUCUAUUAAAUGGAAAGAGCGUCUUCCUAGCCCUGUGGAUCAGUCCCUUGAGAGAAGUCCUAUUUUAGGAAAAUGGCAAUGCUGCAUUUGUGAGGAAAUGUUUGAGUCUGAAGACAGUGUUAAACAACAUUGUAUGUCUUUAGGAAGCCAUCAGUUUCACAGGUAUUGCUGUGGCUUGUGCAAAAAGCAUUUUCACAAAGUGGAAACACUAUACCGACACUGCCAAGAGCAGCACAGUCAUGAGAUACAGGUUAAAUAUUUUUGUGGCCUUUGUGGUGAUCUCUUUUUCGAUGUUGAGGAAGAAUUUCUAAUCCACUAUAAGAGUUUCCAUAGCACAGAUUACAUAUAUGUGUCUGAAGAGUCAAUAAAAAAUAAAGACGACAUUACACUAUUAGAAAAAGGUGACUUUCUAACCUGUGGCUGCCGGGAAGAGUACAUCUCCAGAAUAAACAGAAAGGAAGAUCACCGGAACUGUCAGAAAACCCUACUGGAAAAAGGCAAUCUGUGGUUUCGCUGCUGCUUCUGUUCAGCAACGGCACAGAAUUUCACAGACUUGAAUGACCAUCUCAGCAAAAGUCACACCCCAAGGAAAAGCCAUGAAGAGAUGUAUGUUGUGAGAUGUGGUGCAUGCAACAAAAAUUUCCACGAUAUUGUGAGUGCUCAUCAACACUAUCAUGAUAAACACUGCUUCUUGCAAAAGCCUGAUAUAACACAUUUCAGAUCAGAAUCAGAAAGCAAAGUCUUCAGCUUUACAGCCAGUGGUGCUUGCGUGAACAAGAAGCCUGAUAAACUAAAGUUUCCAGCAAAUGUAACUAAAGUUCAAAAAAAGUCAGAAUCUCUUUCUCUAAAGAGAGAAGAAGAUAGAAGGAAAGAAAGAAGUGAGAAUAAAGCAUGUUCUGAAGAGCAUGGUGAAGAAGACCGUGAACUGCCAGAUUUUGACUAUCUGCGCACCAUGACUCACAUCGUGCUGGUGGACUUAGACAACUGGGGAAGGUUUUUCAUUCAUCUGCCAGCCAACCUGAACCAAGGGACAUUUGUCUGGGGCUUUCAAGGAGGAAACAGUAAUUGGAAACCUCCAGAACAGUGCAAAAUCUUUAAUUACCUUAACAAGAUUGGAUGUUUCUUCCUUCAUCCACGCUGUGGUACCAGAAGAGAAGCAGCAGAUUUUGCACUCUGCAUGCAUGCUGGCCGUCUGGAUGAGCACCUGCCCAAACAAAUUCCUUUCACCAUUCUCUCUGGAGACAAAAGCUUUCUAGAACUGGAGGAUCAGUUUAAGAAGACUCAGCGAACAGCUCAUAUCCUAAACCCUCAUGACAUCGAUGGAGAUAUGAUGUGUGCCUUACUAAACAGCAUUUCAGAUACUACAAAAGUUUCAGACAGUGAAGAGGAUGAUGAUAUUAAAACAGUGCAAAUGAAUUUACAAGAAACAAAGAAACAGGAAGAGGAAGACCUGGAAUUACAAGAAGCUAUCAAACGAAGCCUGAAGGAAAAGUAAAUGAAGAUACUCCUGUAUGCAAAUAGCAUGCUUCAAAGCUGCUUACAGAAGUGGAAGCUUGUUCAUCCAUUAACAAAGGGUCAGAAAAUACUGCUUUAAAAAUGUGCUUAUUUCUUUAAUGGUUACAUUUGUAAUUAUUAUGUUGCUGAUUGUUUCAUGCAACUAAAUUAACAAAUGGAGCUUAUGGAUGUAUGGUUUGCAACAUCCUGUAUUUGACAAAGGAAAAUAAAUUGUUAAAAGCCUUACACAUUCCUUUUCUAAUGAUUCAUGACUGACUUUAAGUUCAGUUCUUGUUCUAAUCUAGGCAUGUAACUUGAGGUAGGCUGAUCUUAUACAUGUUGUGGUGUCUUUAAAAGGUUGUUCAUUUAAUUCUUCCAUUGUAAAAAUUUCAUUGUCUCAUUUUACUUUUUCAGUGUACCCUUUGCAACAGAUAAAAAUAAUAAACCUCAGUUAAUCUCUGACCACCUUGCCUUACUGACAAUUUUAUAAAGAGAAGCUUAGUCUCCAGGCCUGCAAUUUAUGAUUCAUGGGCUCACCCCAUGCCUGCACAGAGCUUUACUCCACAUGAGCACAGAGGUAUGCCCACAAGUUGUAAAUUGCAGGAUCGGUGUCCUAGAAUGUACAGUUGUUUACUGCUAUCUUUACUUUUAAUUUUUUAUGAAUGUGCAUAUUUUAAUUUGAGUAUGAGAGCUUGUUAUGUAUGUUGGCUUAAAAAUCUCAUCAGCUGUAUACCCUGUCUUGUUUAAGGCUGAAGCAGAGUUUGUAAAUAAAAACACUGAAGCAAAAAUUGUUUGCUAGCAAAAUCCCUCUUUGUUUGAGGUACAAGUGAAAUAACUUAAACAGGGAAGUCUUUCCUGUAUUCCAUCCUCUUUAUAGGAUGCAUUUGUUGGUUUUCUAAAGGUGGCGUUUCAAUAUUUGAUUAUAAUUAAAAACAUUAAUUUUUUUGUA